AAUGCAGUUGGAAUGCGAUUCGUUAUGGCAAUGAUUAUAUGCAUUAAAUUGGUGGCGGGUGAUACGAAAGAGCGCAUAGCGAGUUUAUUACGCGAUGAUGAACAAUUCCAUCACCAAUGGGUUAAUCUGAUCGAAAUGCAGGAGCGUCAAUUGCGUGAACAAGAAGAGGAAUUUCCGUUAAAAAAUAUUUCUUAUUUACUGGAAUGUCCUCAAUCCGAAGGCUUUCGAUUCGAUCAUUCUGAUCAUCUUCGACCAGCAGAUAUUGAAAUUUACGCUGAAUUAGGCCAUUUAUCACGGUUCUGUCACCACAAUCUCAUGUCUUUGUUAAAUGGUGAUUUAGAUUCUUGUCAACAUCCCGGUUACACGAUGAAAUUACCGACAAUUGAUAAAUUUUUGGCUAUUUAUAAUCCAAAAUUAGUUACUGUGGAAUCUUCGAAUGAUACAAAAUUGAAAGCACAGCGACUGCAUUUACUGAAAAUGUUUGAGGAACGAUAUGACUGGAGAGAUAAGUGGAAACUGAUCGCUAUUAUGCCAAGUAUGGAGGAUGGUGAAACGUCAGAAUCCAUGCAAUCUGCAGUUGAAGUUUUAGAAACAAUUGAAGAACUUUAUCGAAUCGUCCCUCAUCGUACGCUGAUCGUUGUUGCGCGAAGUUCUAGUUUUGGAAUCUGGCAAGAUGCACUUUAUUCUCACCUGGCUUGUCGCAGUAUGUUGGAACGAUGGCGACCCUAUACGCAUCUUAAUUCAAUUUCAGUUUGGGAUCAGGUUCUCUUCUUCUUCUAA